UCCUGUUGUGAACAAUACUUACUGUGCAACGGAACAGUCAUGGCAGAAUUGAAACAAGUUUUCGCACUGUUGGCAAUAUUUAGCAAACUCUUAAUUGUUGAUUCCUUCUCUUUGGGGUUACCUCAUGUGAAUCCAGGUUUAUUCGUGAUUCAAGGCGUAUCGAGUUGCGGUAAUUCUGACGGUUAUUGUCUCCUUAGCAAUUCUUGUUUGGUCGACACUGACUUUGAGAGCGACACUGAUGGUGGCCAUUGCGAUGGAUUGAAGCAUGCUUUUAAUCCGCAUGCGGAUUUCGUGUGCUGCAAAUAUAUGCCUGCACCCACCACCAUUGCACCACCUCCGGUUGUUAAGACCCCACCACCUCCACCGGUUUCGGAUGAUAACACUUCCUACAAUUUAUUAGUGAUCCAAUCCGGCGUAUCGACGUGCAAUAACGGCACUGGAUUUUGUUUGUUGAGCGAUUCUUGCACAAUCGUACAGGGCUUUCAGAGCGACUCCGAUGGUGGCCAUUGCAGUGGUUUGAAAGAUGCAUCGAAUCCGCAGGCGGAUUUUGUGUGUUGUAAAUACACGGAUCCAGAAGCAACGACGACGGCUCCAUCAGCAGUAGAGGAAUCUGUUACCUACAAUGAAGUCGAGGUGCAAGUAGGUGUGUCGACUUGCGGGCAAGGUGCGGGUCUGUGUUUGUUAAGCCAGUCUUGCACAGCUGUCCAGGGUUUUCAGAGUGACACAAACGGCGGCCACUGCAAUGGUGUUUCAAAGGGUGGCGAUGCAAAAGCGUCUUUCGUGUGUUGCCAAUACUCAUCAGGUGCAUCCGAAUCAAUUCCUUCAUUAACCCCACCUGCCCCUCCAACUUUGGUUGCGGAACCCACUUCGAGCACAACAACGCCAUCACCGUCAGAAGAUGUUUCCUUCAAUGUUUUAGAAAUCCAAGGCGGCGUACCAUCGUGCGGGCAAGGGGCCGGAUUAUGCUUGUUAAGCAGCUCUUGCACAGUUGUCCCAGGUUUUCAGAACGAUCCAAAUGGCGGUCAUUGUGAAGGCGUUUCCAAGAACAAUUCUCCGAGGGCAGGUUUCGUAUGUUGCAAAUACGUGUCCAGGACCAACCCGACAACAUCGAAGAACGCGAAGGUGGAUUUGGACAUUCCGACUGAAACACCUUUACCAGUCCUCAAUUCCGUUACCAAUGCUCCACUUGAAACGGUGAAUUCGUCAGAGAAGAUUGCUGCAACAUCUACAUCGGCAACCGCGAGUGUGGCGAAGAAAACAGUUUCUCCUUUCAAUAUCGUUGCUAAUACUAACAAAAUAUUAAAUAGCAUUCAAAAUCUGAUCUAUGGUGGUCGAAUGCGACCAUCAGCGGCCAUGCAGAAAUAUGGUCUAAGUAGUAGCGUUGCUUCCAAUGAUAAAUCUAUGGUAAAUCUUAUUGUGAUGGGCUUAAAGUUGAAUGAGACCACAGCUCGAUCAGCAGAUCUUAUAAACUAAGCAAUAUUUAUUGUGUUUUACACGUUUUUCAUUCAUCAAAGAAAAUACAAUUCACCUCUUGUUUGUGGAAUAAA